AUGCUAUCUCGUAUACGGGAGCUUACAUAGCCUCAAGAUUGAGAAAGACCGACUGAUACUCGCCUUCUUUCUCAACCCUUUGAACUCUGCGAGGUUACGUCCACGCCAUCUCGUCCAUUAGUGUAAGAAAGAGGAAGGGGAAAUUUCGAGUGUACCCGGUGCGUGUUCUGGUAACACUGGUUCGUACUCCAUACACGGACUCGAGAAGCAUUCUUCCUUUUGCCUCAUGGUACCCAACGGAACAGAUCUUUUCAGCUCCGAACAGUACAAGGAAGAGUUUCCAAGCUCUGGUGUGGUCGGCAGCAAAAUGGCAGCGAGCGACACUAUCACGGAUGACAGCCUUUAUCCAAUUGCGGUUUUGAUCGACGAACUAAAAAACGAAGAUGUACAGUUACGGCUGAAUUCAAUAAAGAAAUUAUCCACGAUUGCUCUUGCUUUAGGCAUCGAACGAACACGUAGCGAAUUGAUACCAUUUCUGACAGAGUCUAUGUACGACGAAGAUGAAGUUCUAUUAGCACUAGCAGAACAACUUGGACAGUUUACCCUUCUUGUAGGAGGUCCAGAACAUGCACCAUGCUUAUUGAAACCUCUAGAGAAUUUGGCAACAGUGGAAGAAACUAUAGUUCGAGAUAAAGCAAUGGAGUCUUUAAGAAAGAUCGCUGCUCAACAUAGUCCAACGGAUCUGGAAGAGCAGUUUGUUCCUCUGAUACAUCGUUUAGCUACAGGAGAUUGGUUUACGUCAAGAACAUCUGCAUGUGGCCUAUUUAGUGUAUGUUACCCACGAGUUAGUCCAUCGGUUAAAACAUGUUUACGAAAUCAUUUCCGUAAUUUAUGUCAAGAUGACACGCCGAUGGCACGUCGAUCUGCAGCUUCAAAUUUAGGAGAAUUUGCAAAGGUUAUGGAAAUUGAAUACGUGAAGGCAGAUUUAAUACCAAUGUUUGUUAUUUUGGCUCAAGAUGAACAAGAUUCAGUUCGUCUUUUAGCCGUUGAAGCCUGUGUUACUAUCGCAGCUUUAUUACCACAGGAAGAUGUAGAACAAUUGGUCAUGCCUACACUUCGACAGUGUGCGAGCGAUCAGUCGUGGCGUGUACGUUACAUGGUAGCUGAUAAGUUCACAGAUCUACAAAAAGCUGUAGGCCCGGAGAUUACAAAAACAGAUCUUGUACCAGCAUUUCAAGUAUUGUUAAAAGAUAUGGAAGCUGAGGUGCGAGCUGCUGCAGCUGAUAAAGUUCGUGACUUCUGUCAAAAUCUUGACAAAUUUAAUCAAGAGUCUAUUAUAAUGACGAACAUAUUACCAAUAGUGAAGGAACUUGUAUCAGAUCCAAAUCAGCAUGUGAAAUCAGCUCUAGCAAGCGUUAUAAUGGGCCUUAGUCCAAUACUUGGGAAACAUAAUACAAUUGAGCAUCUAUUACCAUUAUUUUUGUCACAACUCCGAGAUGAAUAUUCAGACGUACGUUUGAAUAUUAUCAGUAAUUUAGAAUGCGUCAAUGAAGUUAUUGGUAUACAACAGCUUUCGCAAUCUCUUUUACCAGCUAUUGUAGAAUUAGCUGAGGAUACAAAAUGGCGAGUGAGAUUAGCCAUUAUAGAAUAUAUGCCAUUACUAGCUGGACAACUUGGUGUUGAAUUCUUCGACGAAAAAUUAAAUUCUUUAUGUAUGACUUGGUUAGUAGAUCAUGUAUACGCUAUCAGAGAAGCAGCAACCUUAAAUUUGAAAAAGUUGGUAGAAAAAUUUGGUCCUGAAUGGGCACAAAAUACAGUAAUACCAAAAGUUUUAGCAAUGUCGAGGGAUCAAAAUUAUCUUCACAGAAUGACUUGUCUAUUUUGUAUUAAUGUAUUGGCUGAAGUAUGUGGCCCAGAAAUAACAACAAAGGUGAUGCUUCCAACUGUCCUUGGAAUGGCCACUGACAAUGUUGCCAAUGUACGAUUUAAUGUUGCAAAAACUCUUCAGAAGAUAGGACCUUAUCUCGAGCCUUGCGCAGUGCAGGCUCAAGUAAAACCCGUACUUGAUAAGCUUAAUACUGAUAGUGAUGUCGAUGUGAAAUACUUUGCUUCAGAAGCAAUUGCAGGCAUUGCAGGGUAGGCUGAACAAAAGAAAACUGCAUUUAAAAUUUACCCUUCAAUAUCCAACUUCAACUUCAAAAAGUAACCUGCUGCAAUAUUUACAUUUACACAUGGCAACAGGUAACAUUAUUGCACAGUCAGAGCAGAUCGAUCUAAUGUCGAGAAAUAUAAACUUCAAAUUAGUAGUUCAUAUUAAAUGAUAUUUUAAGUUCUGUUGUAUCUGUAUGUUUAUAAUUAUAUUACUUAUUAAAUAUUCAAUUUAAUUUGUAAAAUGUAUUUCUUAUGCGUAUCUAAAUACUUAAAGGUAACUCAGAAUUCAGGGAUUUAUAUCGAAAUGGAAAUCGAUAUAUCGAUAUUAUAGCGAUAUUUUUCAGUUUUACCGUUAUAACUUUUACAGAAACCGUAAUUCAGGAAUACCGGUAAUUUUUUUGGAUUUUAGUAGUAUAUCGGUUUCGGUAUUAUACAUGUAUUGACAUUUCUACUAUAUCAAUUUCCAUAAAAAGUUUGUUAAGGCGCACGGAUCGGGACUGGAGCAUAAGCUGUAACGUAGAAGAGACACGAUUCCGUGCAAUCGUUUUUUCCUUGUUUCCUUGUUUUCACUCCACUUCAAAGAGUGAAAUAAUGCCAAUAUCAACAUCAUAACGGUAUAAAGUCCCUAUCAGAAUCAUUCCUGAAAUCACAUAUUACCAUAAUCUGCUCUUCUGAAUUCACCAAUCAAAAAUUUACUUUUGUCUUUUAAUAAUCAGUAUUUUAAUUUAAUAUAUUCGUAACAUUGUUAAGUAUUGUCUUUGUAAACAUAACAAUAAAAUUAGUAAUCAGUAA